GGCAAAAGAGGUAACGAUGGAGUUUGACGGCAGCUUAUGUGCGCGCAAUUGGGUCACGCAGUUUCAGAACAUCGGAAAGAUUUACAAUUUGGACGACGGAUGCAUGCACAUGCUGCUAAUUGCCAAACUAAAAGGAAACGCACAGCGCUGGCUGCACGCAAGCGCCACACGCAUCCUAGAAUCGACCGACCAGCUGUGCGAACAGUUAAUUUUGACAUUCGAGGUCAAGAUGUCAAAAGGGGAACUGAGGAACGCAUUUCAAAAACGCGAAUGGCAUCCGGAUGAGAAAUUUGCUGUUUACUUCGAGGACAAGGUGAUGCUGGCCAACGACAUCAACAUCGAUCUAGAGGAGCUCCUGGAAAACAUCAUUGAAGGAAUCCCAGCACCAGCGUUGCGCAACCAGGCGCGCAUACAGUGUUUCUCCGAGCCGAUGCAAAUUCUGCGGGCUUUCUCGGAAGUCCGUCUGCCGAAGCACAAAACAGGGAGCAGUUCAUCAAAGCGCCUUACUGGAGGAGGUGCAGCCAAUAAGGACUUACGUUGUGCCAAUUGCAACUCCAAAGGGCACUUCGCCAGGGAGUGUCUCAAGCCAAAGAGGGAGCCCGGAUCCUGCUAUGCCUGUGGGGCAUUUGGACACUUCGUCGGACAAUGCCCGGAGCGCAAGAGCGCCAAUAUCAACAAUUAUAAUGCCUCAUAGACACAGGGAGUCCAAUAUCAUUUACAA